GGGCUCCUCUCAACCUCAGCCUUCGUCCCAGUGGAAGCAUCCAUCUACCAGAGCAACUUGGUGAGUAUACUUCCCUGCAUGCAUCUCUGAACCACUGCAGAUAUCUGUGUCAUAUGUGUAGUAAGUUUAAUGAAGUUCUUUGCUUGAGUAGGUGAUGCUGGGAUGAUUGAUUGAAUGAAUGAAUGAAUGAAUGAAUGAAUGAAUGAAGCUGUAGUUAAUUAGUAGUUUUCAUAAGUUUGAAACUAAAUGGCUCAAACUUAGUACAGUCAAAACUGUUACAGUUCAUGACAUUAGUUAAUCUAACUCUGGGAUGUGUGAAUUACCAGUGUGAGCACUUCCUGGAUGAGUAAAAUGGAGUGGAGAAGCACAUCCAAACUUAGUUUUACCUUUCUUGGAUGUACCAUUUGCAUGUUUUUCAUGAAUCAGAGCAAAAAACCCAGAGGGACAGCUCCUAAACUGUUCUCCUAAACUGCCAUGAAUGAAUGGAAGAUGCAGCUGGGGAAGUGAGCCAUGUAGUAAAACAGAAGUGUCACAGUGUUGCGACACACGAGUGCAGGUCUGGCUCGCAGACAAGCUCUCUUUCAGAACCUGAAAUAGCAGGAUAUCCUUGUGUCACUUGUUUCACCCUGUUAAGCAUAGCAAGGGGGUUACUGAGCUUAAAAUAGAUCUCAGGUCUCUGUGUUAUGCCCCUUUUUGGUGCUACCUCAGCAGCUCUUAGAAGUCCCAGGAACAAUCAUGCAUGUGAAGAUACAGUAUCAGUAGCUGUACAGCAAGGUUAGCACCAAAAUAGCAUCCAAAGGCAUGUCUAAUUAGCAGGAUAUAGAUAGCUGCAGUUGAAGUGCAUCUGUAUGAAAGGGUUUGAAUGUGAUAAUUCCUUUAAAGCAGUUGUGAGAUGGUGUUGGCAGGUCCUCAAAGGCUUUCAAAUCACAGCUUGUACACAUUUUAAUCAUGAGUGCUUCAUUAAUUGGGUGGUUGACUUUUCCAAAUAUAGCAGAUCUAAUCACAUCAUCACAUUAUCACAUACGUCAGUGAUAACGUGUCUGUGAUUGUUUCAUUAUAUCCAGCCUUCCUGCUAUGUCUUCUAUGGUGGUCAGUUUGGACAGCUGUUCCUAACACCCUGCCUCAUUCAUCUCUUUUUGUGUUUCUUCCCUCACCCCUCAAAUCUUUAGACCACCCCUCCAGUGAAGCCUAAUCAUGUGCGACGACGACGAGACCACCGCCCUCGUGUGCGACAAUGGCUCUGGUUUGGUCAAGGCCGGAUUUGCCGGAGAUGACGCUCCCCGUGCUGUCUUCCCCUCCAUUGUUGGAAGGCCCCGCCACCAGGUACACUUAAAUCCACCUCCUUUAACCAAAAAAACAAAUUAGCAUCUUUCUGUGUCUCAUGUUCCUCUGAUGGUUCUUCCUCCAGGGUGUGAUGGUGGGUAUGGGUCAGAAGGACAGCUACGUAGGUGAUGAGGCCCAGAGCAAGAGGGGUAUUCUGACCCUGAAGUACCCCAUUGAACAUGGCAUCAUCACCAACUGGGAUGACAUGGAGAAGGUGCGUGUUGACAGCUGACUCAUUCACAACAUUCAUGGCAGCUGAUGGUUCACAUCCUUGGAAAUUCACAGCCUGGCGCCAAUUGUAAAAGCUGCUUGUGUUUGUUUGGCGUUUUAUUUAGAGGACCAGGUUGUUAUUUGUUCAGCCAAGAGUUGUUUGUUGUUCAGUGCUGACUUCAGCUGGUCUUUCCCCUCUUGUUAGAUCUGGCACCACACCUUUUACAAUGAGCUGCGUGUGGCCCCUGAGGAGCACCCCACCCUGCUCACUGAGGCCCCCCUGAAUCCCAAAGCCAACAGGGAGAAGAUGACCCAGGUACUUUAUAGAGAAAGAUGUCUUUCUUUUUCCACACAUUUGUUCUUGUGUUAAGAAAACCAUUUAAAAAUCAACCUUCUUUUUCCUUCAGAUCAUGUUUGAGACCUUCAACGUUCCUGCCAUGUACGUGGCCAUCCAGGCUGUCCUGUCCCUGUACGCCUCUGGUCGUACCACCGGUCAGUGCGCUGCAGUUUUUUUUAUAGAAUUGUAAAUGCCUUAGAACCAGAAGAUAAGUCCUAACUGAGGAGGGUCUGAUCUUUGUGAGAAAUCUGAUUUGUUGUGAAGGUUUCUAUCAUCAGGGCCCUGUUGUCCAAAAUGUUUCAUAUGGAGAAGGAUGAUAUAGAUUUGUUCUGUUCUUCUAAAGAAUCAACCUCUUUUGGCAUGGAAAAUUACAAGUACUGUAUUCUCAACAUGAUGACAUCCUCCAUUCCUUUAACUGAAAAUCUUACUAUUCUUUGAUCUUAAAGAUGUUUGUCAAAACAUAAUGGGGACAAGACCUUUUUUUAUUUUGGAAUCUCUAAAAUUGACUUCUCCUGCUAUCUAACAACUGAAAACAAUCAAAGACCUAAAUAUAGAAAAAGGGCCAAAAGCAGCAACUCCAGUGUAAAAAUGUUGGCCUUUUUGUGUUGUUAUUUUUUCCGAUAAUCCAGUCUGAUUCCAGCCCUCAUAUUUAAUCAGAGGGUUUAGGAUCAAAGUCAUCCUAACUCUACUUAAAAGUAUUAGAUACAAAUUGGAGAUUUAACUUUAUAAAUCCACAGAUCAGCCUGGAUUUAUCUAAUCCAACGUAGAUCAAACCUGUUUUAAUAUUUGAUCGCCCUGAAAGCUUUAAUCAGAUCAGAUCAGAUCAGAUUACUUUUGAACAACUGGACCCUUGAUAUAUUCCUGUCUUGUUGUCAGGGGAAGGUGUUAAUCCCUCUCUAGAAAGUGCUUUGUCAAGUCAUGUCAGCAGCAUUGUGUAGUUUAUGAUGUGAGACAUACUUGGAGAGGUUAGAGGAAUGGCAGGCCUCACAGGAAUGCUGACUAACUAUGGCUCCCUCUCUGUUUGUUAAAGGUAUUGUGCUGGACUCUGGUGAUGGUGUCACACACAAUGUCCCCAUCUAUGAGGGUUACGCUCUGCCACACGCCAUCAUGCGUCUGGAUCUGGCUGGUCGUGACCUGACCGACUACCUGAUGAAGAUCCUGACUGAGCGUGGCUACUCCUUUGUCACAACUGGUACGUCUAGUCCAUAGUGGCAUCAAUCUGCAUGAUUGCAUUAGUUUGAGGUGUGAUUCUUAGAGAAAUGUAGCUUCUAAAUACAUCAACUUUGCUCCUCCUCAGCUGAGCGUGAGAUCGUGCGUGACAUCAAGGAGAAACUUUGCUAUGUGGCUCUUGACUUUGAGAAUGAGAUGGCCACUGCUGCUUCUUCCUCCUCCCUGGAGAAGAGCUAUGAGCUGCCCGACGGUCAGGUCAUCACCAUUGGUAAUGAGCGUUUCCGUUGCCCAGAGACUCUCUUCCAGCCUUCUUUCAUUGGUGAGUAAUGGGUUAAACUUGUCCUUUAAAUGAGGUAUGUCAAGUCUAUGUCAAGUCUCAGACAACACUGAUGCGUUUUGCUUGAUUUCUAACAGGUAUGGAGUCUGCUGGUAUCCAUGAGACCGCCUACAACAGCAUCAUGAAGUGUGACAUUGACAUUCGUAAGGACCUGUACGCCAACAAUGUGCUGUCUGGUGGUACCACCAUGUACCCUGGUAUUGCUGACCGUAUGCAGAAGGAGAUCACUGCUCUGGCCCCCAGCACCAUGAAGAUCAAAGUGAGAGGACUACAAAACUUUUUGAGACAUUAGGUUUGUUGUAACUCUGAAUAAGCAUCAAUUCAUAAUGGAAAUGGUGUUUGUCUGUUUUCUAGAUCAUUGCUCCCCCUGAGAGGAAGUACUCAGUUUGGAUUGGUGGCUCCAUCCUGGCUUCCCUGUCCACUUUCCAGCAGAUGUGGAUCAGCAAGCAGGAGUAUGAUGAGGCCGGCCCUUCCAUUGUCCACAGGAAAUGCUUCUAAACACACCACCAACCUCCUUUAUGUCUGUGCGUUUGUACGUCGUUGUCUCCUGUAUAUAUAUGUGUAUGUUCUAUUGUAAUAAAGAUAAGCCCUUGAGAGAAUA